CCUCUCACUUAUAAAUCAUCAACACUAACGAUAACAACAACAACAAAAGCUGUGUUUUAUUUUGAAUAGCCAACGACGUACGACAAUGAUGAUUCAACCAUUAUUUGGGCUUGUAUUUCUUGAAGUGGUGGUGACAUUGACCCUCAUAUUCAGAACCCCUUUAAGAAAACCGGUUUUAAUGGCAUUGGAUAAAUCGAAGCAAGGGAGGGGACCUGUUAUAGUAAAGAGUGCUGGAGGAACGUUAUUCGUUGUUUUAGUCUCCAUCUUGUUCAAUGUCACUCUGAUGCAGAACCGUGCAACAGAUUCUGGCACCGUCAAUCCAACUGAUCAAGUUCUCUUGGCUAAUCACCUUCUUGAAGCCUCACUCUUGGGGUUUACAUUGUUUCUUGCUUUGGUCAUAGAUAGACUUCACUAUUACAUAAAAGAGCUUCGUCUGCUAAGGAAGACUUUGGAGGGAGAAAAGAAAACAAAUCAGAGCCGCGAGGUGGAAAAUGCCGCAUCAAAAAGUCCAAGCCAAAGUACAUAAUAUUAUGGAGCCGAUAUUCUCUGUUUGUUUGAUUGUUUAGCUUAUCCUUAAUUCCUAUGUGCUAUUCUUUUAAUCUAAUUAUCUCCUAAAUGUCUGAUUGUAGUUUGUAUGAUUUGUUUAUUGCAAGAAUAUACCGUUAUGUAACUUCCACUCUUGUUAUAGAAUUGUCAAGAUAUAGAAACGGAAACGGACCAUAAAUUUCAG